GCAGAUUCUUCCUAACCGGUUGGUGAGAACUACAACACAAGAUGGCCGCAAAUAAGCCCAAGGGUCAGAAUAAUUUGGCCUUACACAAAGUCAUCACGGUGGGCAGUACCGGUGUGGGCAAGGCAGCUCUGACUCUACAGUUCAUGUACGAUGAGUUUGUGGAGGACUAUGAGCUUAUCAAAGAAGGCACCUAUCGGAAGAGAGUAGUACUGGUUGGCGAGGAAGUACAGAUCGGUGUCUUAGAAACAGCUGGGCAGGAGGACUAUGCUGCAAUUAGGGACAACUAUUUCCGAAGCAGAGAGGGGUUUCUCUGUGUCUUCUCUAUUGCAGAAAUGGAAUCCUUUGCAGCUACAGCUGACUUCAGGGAGCAGAUUUUAAGAGUAAAAGAAGAUGAGAAUGUUCCAUUUCUACUGGUUGGUAACAAAUCAGAUUUAGAAGAUAAAAGGCCGGUUUCUGUAAAAGAGGCAAAAAACAGAGCUGACCAGUGGACUGUUAACUAUGUGGAAACAUCUGCUAAAACACGAGCUAAUGUUGACAAGGUAUUUUUUUAUUUAAUGAGAGAAAUUCGAGCAAAAAAGAUGGAAGACAGCAAAGAAAAGAAUGGAAAAAAGAAGAGGAAAAGUUCAGCCAAGAGAAUCAGAGAAAGAUGCUGCAUUUUAUAAUCAAAGUCCAAAUUCCUUUCUUAUCUUGACCAUGCUAAUAAAUAUAACUUAUAAGCAUUGCCAUUGAAGGCUCAAUUACUGAAAUUACUUUAACAUUUUGGAAAUUGUUGUAUGUCACUAAAAGCAUGAAUUGGAAC